AUGGAGGACUUUAAUUAUCAAUACAAGCAUCGAAGGAUGGAUGGAACAUUGGCUAGUGCCCCUAAGGAAUGGACGGAUCUGUUAGAUGACUACUACAUUGACAUUUUUGGAGAUGACAAACAGAUAACAUGGCAUAGUGGGAGAAACUCGGCCAUCUUGGAUUAUGUGUUUUGCAGUACGAAUGCUCAUCAUCAAAUUCCUAGUAUCCAUCAACAGUAUCUCUCUCCAGAAUGGACGGAUCAUGAACUAUUAGGCUUCACUUUCAAGUAUCAAGACAAUAAUGGACGAGGAUCUGGCAGCUGGAAGGCUAACCCAUUUUUGGCUCGCAAUCGACAGUUUCGCAAGGCAUUAGCCGAAUUUCUCUUGGCUAAUGAAGAGCAAUUUACACUAAUCAAAUCCUUUUCUACUCCUCAACAACAGUGGGAUUGGGUAAAAGCUGAAGUCAAGAUUUUCACCAAGUCAUUUCAAUUUGAAGAUCUGAAUUGGAGGAAGAAACAACUGCAUCAGUUACUGUCCAAGCGAAACAAGAUGAUGAGACAACACAAGCAUAGAGGUUUGGUUUUCCAAGGCCUAGAUCAUGUCAAUGCUCAAAUCAAAUUACUGCAACACACUAUAGCGGAAAUUGAGAUUCUCAAAGCCGGCAAGUUUUGGAGGGAAAAUGGCGAGAAGUCUGCUGGUUUCCUGAAGAGGAGAGCUUUGGCCAGAGAGAAUCAGCGCUCUAUCACUGAAUGGAGGGACCCCACUACUGGUGAACUCUGUCGCGAUCAACAGGGUAUCUCCACCAUAGCGACUAACUUCUACUCUACUCUAUUUACUCCUGAUCCAACUGAUUCAGUAGCUCUUAGUACCUUGAUCCGAUCCAUUCCUGGUUAUUUGAAAAUCUCUAGUGAACAGCAGGAAUCUCUGAUGUUAUCAAUCGACAUGGAAGACGCACAACGAAGAUGGACAAUUGCUGAACAACGAGACGACGAUCCUACAUUUGGCUCUUUGGAUGCUGAUAUUGGCCUUCUCCCUGAUCAAAGAAAAAGCUUAUGA